AUGGCAACAGAUGAGGAUGGACUGGGACUGCUUGAUAUCCGAUACAGCGAAGCUUCCCCAUUUAAGGAAGAUGAUGAGAGCUCAGUGGAUAUUUAUGAUGGCUUGGACAAUGGUUUGACGGCUCCUGACAGUUCUGCUCCAAAUUCUACACCAUCUGGAAACAGUUUAAAUUUAUUUGAUGAGAUAUUAAUUGAAGAAGGAACUGCAAAGGAAGCAUCCUACAAUGAGUUACGGGCAGAGUAUGGAAAAUGUCAACAGCAAAUCAAAGAGUUGAUGAAGAAAUUUAAGGAAAUACAAGCACAGAACGUCAUUCUACAAAAUGAAAACCAAGCUCUUAAGAAGAAUAUUUCUGCACUUAUCAAAACAGCAAGAGUGGAAAUUAACCGAAAGGAUGAAGAAAUCAGUAACCUGCAUCAAAGGCUGUCGGAGUUCCCCAAUCAUCGAGGUAGCUUUGGCAGAGCACAUUUUCCAGGAUCAAUUAAUGGAAGGUGCUUCGAGAUGUGUAAAUCAAAAGAGCCCAAAUUCAGGUCACCUGAUGUAGGUGACAGUGUAAAGAUGGAUCAUAGAACGAAAAGUGACUCUACAAAAGAUGCAUAUCACAAUUGCUCAUCUCAUAAUAAGGACAACGGGAAGUGUAACUCAGAUAAAAGGAACAAUCCUUAUUUACUGAGAUACCCUCCCGAAGAGCUCUGCAAUGAUGGUGCUCACACAGGUCUCCCAAAUUAUGACCACUGCUCCAACAAGGAUGGUAGGAAGGAAAGAAAAGAAAUGAAAAAUGAUGAACAGUGUAGCAGGGGAAAUGACAACAAAAACAGAAGAGAAACACAUCAGAGCACUGGUAACAAUAUUGAUAGCCAAGAUUCAGAUCCUCAUCAAAAGCUGAAAACACUGUCAGAGAAGGCUAGUAAAAAUGAGUUGCAACAAAAAAGUCAGAGUGCAAAACUCAAAUCUAGUCCAAGUGUAGAAAGAAGGGUAGAAAGGGGUGCUUCUUCCUGGGAGAAACAAGCUACAAGUAAGGAGAGGUUUCAGACAAGAGGUGAGUUGUAUGCUGAUGAGAGGUCACAAAACAUGACCAAGAAGGACAUUAAAACACAUGAUAAAGAAGAAAAAGGCUCUGGACAAAAAAAUAAGCCAAAUGAAAAACAGCAGGAGCAAUCAAGGAGGUUUGGUAGAGUCAGCAGUCCUCACUCAAAGAAGGAGCAUUCAAAGAACCUACAUGAAUCGCGUAAAUGUCGCAUGGAAGAGUCUAGAAAAGGAAGAGACUCUGACUACAAGAGAGAAAGAGGAACAAACGAUCAUACUUCUCGAGAAGGAAGGUCUUCACCUUCUAAUUCCAGCAGUAGAGAAUAUAAAUAUGCACGCUCCAAGGAAAAUAGUAGCAGAUAUGAAUGGGAAACUGCACAUUCAAAAUCAGAAAGACACAGAACUGAAGAAAAAAGGAAAAGAGAUAGAGAGAGUCAGGAUGAAAAUAGACAUUCUAGAAAUGAAAGGAAAGUUGCAAAAGAAAUUUCUCACCAAUCUUCAAAAGACUAUAAGAAAGGUGCAGAUGUUGCAAAAGAUGAGCGAAACAAGUCUCAUAAGCCGGAAGAGGCAUCCAAAGUAGCAGAUAGUUUAAAAGACCAUAAAGCUCCCAAAAGCAAAGAUGAUCAAACUGAAGGAGAAAGCAAACACUUAAAACUCAGCUUUAUGGAAAAAUUAAAUUUGACUCUUUCUCCUGCUAAAAAACAAUGCCUUUCUCCAAUGGAUGGACUUGAAACGCCUUCCCAAAAGGCCACUGAUGAUGGAAGUAUAGAGCUUACAGUGCAGACAGAAGCAGUGGAUUCUGCUAACUGUGAUCCUGCAGAGCAAAUUCAUUCACCACUGGAAGUCCUGGACAGAGCAGCUCAGAUCAGCCUGCAACAGGCAGCGCCUCUCUCUCUGAAUCCUGCUCAUGAAGCUGUGCAAAUAGCAGCAGCAGCAGGUCCAGCACAGCCUGAAGCGUUGGCGGCAGUGGUGGCUGGUGACAGGAGCCUGGAAGCCUUACCAGAAGCACAGGCAGCAGAGGGUCAGGUACAACCCCAGGCCUUGAUGGGGACAGCAGAGGUACUGGUUCCUGGAGAAGUGCAGGCUGAAACUCCAGUAGCAGCAGCAGAGGCUCCUGAUGUGGUCGAGUCUGAAGCUUCAGCAGCAGCAGUGGCUGCGAUGGGUCCUGGUCACGCUGAAGCUCUGGCUCCGGAGGCAGCAGGGAGUGUCGUGCAGCCUGGAAGCCUGCCUGGAGCAGCGGGUGUGAUGCAGGAUGACAAGGUGCCAGCAGCAGGACUGGCACCUCCUGAAUCUGCCAGUGAAAGUCUGGUGGCACUUCCUGAGUCUGUUGCAGAGAAGGAGGAAGAAGAUAAAAUAUGGCUGGCUACUGAUAAGGAAAACUCAGAGGACCAGCAAAGCUCUCAAAACCUUGCCUUAGAUGACUCAGAGGCCAGAAGAUCUGGUGACUUGGAAUCCUGUGGUGUUGCUGGUGAUACUAGGGAAACAAAACUGGACUGUUUAAUGGAAGUAAUUAAGGAUGAUGAUCACUUGGCUGCAGAAAAUGUUGAGUCUUCUGUUGAGAAAACAAAUGUCUGCAAAGAUAACAUUAAUACAUCUCAGUCACCUGACAGAACUGUGCUAUCUGAUAAGGAUGCACCAUUAGUUGACCAGAAUGCCUGUAAUCUGGACCCAGACUUAUCUGAGAUCACAACAGCAGCAUCUUCCCUUGGUGGUGAGACAUAUCCUAGAACUAAAGAGCGAGAAACUAACCCCAUUCCUGUUGAUGAUGACAGUUCAAUACUGAGCAUUGAUCUCAAUCACUUGAGAUAUAUUCCGAAGGCUAUCAGCCCACUCAACAGUCCAAUGCGUCCUUUGGCUAAAGCACUUAGGAUGGAAAGUCCCUGCAAAGGUCUUGGGAAGAGCUAUAACAAAG